CAGGCGUCUCUCUUCCUUUUGCUCUAAAGGCCUCCGAAAACAUUGGCGCUCUCGCGCGUGCCAUGAGAAGCCUCCUCAGACCUCCAGUCUCUCUCGCCGCCAGGCUCCUCCUUCCGCGCAGCGGCGGCGCGUCGCCGGCGACAGCACCGGCAGCGCUCGCCGCCGUCAGGCGGGUCUUCACCGACGGGUCCCUCCCUCCUCCCGAAUGGGUCGAGCCCUUCAACGACGUCUCCGGCCUAGCCUUCCCCGCCCCGCAGAGCCGCCCGCCCCCGUCUCCGUGGGUGGGCCGCAUCCUCGACCUCCUGGACGGGUCCCCGGACAUGGAACCGAAGCUGGACGGCUUCUGUCGCAAGUUCCUGAUCAAGCUGUCCCCCAACUUCGUGUCCUUCGUGCUGCGGUCCGGGCAGGUCAAGGAGAGGCCGGACGUCGCCGUUAGGUUCUUCAGGUGGGCUGCUCGGCAGGGGAGGUACAAGCACGGGAUUGAGUGUUACGUUUCUUUGAUCGAGCUUCUCUCGGUAUCUGGGGAUUUGGAUGGUGUGGCGAGGGUCUUUGCGGAGCUGAGGGACUCGGGGUUCUUGAUGACGGUGUCGGCGGCGAAUUCUUUGAUCAAGAGCUUCGGCAGCGUUGGGAUGGUGGAGGAGCUGUUGUGGGUUUGGAGGAAGAUGAAGGAGAACGGUAUCGAGCCGAGUUUGUAUACCUACAACUUUUUGUUGAAUGGUUUGGUGGAUUCGAUGUUUAUCGAGUCGGCGGAGCGGGUGUUUGAGGUGAUGGAGAAUGGGAGGAUUGGACCAGAUAUUGUGAGCUAUAAUAUAAUGGUGAAAGGAUUUUGCAAGGUGGGUAAAACCCAGAAAGCGAUGGAGAAGCUAAGGGAUAUGGAAACGAAGAGCGUGGAGCCAGAUAAGAUCACAUAUUUGACUUUGAUUCAGUCGUGUUAUGGUGAAGGGGAUUUCAAUUCUUGUUUGGGGCUUUACCGUGAGAUGGAAGAGAAAGGCUUAGAAAUCCCUCCUCAUGCGUAUAGUUUGGUCAUAAGUGGGCUUUCCAAGGAGGGAAAAUGUAUGGAAGCAUAUGCAGUUUAUGCAAGCAUGACUAGAAAUGGUUAUAGAGCAAAUGUGGCAAUCUACACAGCUUUAAUUGAUUCGUAUGCAAAAUGCAGGAGCAUAGAAGAGGCAAUGAGGCUCUUCGACAGAAUGAAGGAUGAUGGGUUUCACCCAGAUGAGGUCACGUAUGGGGCUAUCAUUAACGGGCUGUGCAAAAAUGGGAGGUUGGAGGAGGCACUUGCACACUUUGAGCACUGUCAGAAUAGUGGGGUGACAGUUAAUACAAUGAUAUAUUCUAGUAUUAUUGAUGGUCUAGGGAAGGCAGGGAGAGUGGAUGAAGCUGAGAAAAUUUUUGAGAAAAUGGCUGAUAAGGGAUGUUCACGGGAUUCUUAUUGCUAUAAUGCCCUGAUGGAUGCAUUUACGAAGUGUGGUAAAAUAAAUGAAGCACUGGCGCUCUUCAGGAGAAUGGAAGAUGAAGGUUGUGAUCAAACAGUCUACACAUUCACGAUACUCAUUGCUGGCCUUUUUGCGGAGCACCAAAAUGAGGAGGCUUUGAAAUUGUGGGACGUGAUGAUUGAUAAAGGGAUCACUCCUAAUGCGGCAUCUAUCAGGGCUCUAUCUACUGGACUUUGUCUCUCAGGCAAAGUGGCUAGAGCUUGUAAAAUCUUGGAUGAAUUAGCACCAAUGGGUAUCAUUCCUGAUUCAGCUGUUGAAGAUAUGAUCAAUGUGUUGUGCAAAGCCGGCCGUAUUAAGGAAGCUUGCAGAUUGGCAGAUGGAAUUGUCGUUAGGGGUCGUGAAAUUCCAGGAAAAAUACGGACUAUUCUUAUUAAUGCCUUGAGAAAGGCAGGGAACACAGAUUUGGCCUUGAAGUUGAUGCACAGCAAGAUCGGUAUUGGCUAUGAUCGAGUUGGCAGCUUUAAAAAAAGAGUUAAAUUCCGGACUCUUGUUGAAAGUUGAGUCUUAGACUAUUCUCUCAUCGCAUUGUAUUUAUUGUCAAUUCUACCGUUUAUCUAUGCGAUAAACUGGGUAAGAUUGCGGAAGAGCUGGAAAAUCCUGGGUUCUCACUCUUAUAGUCUACCUGGACCUAGUUGAUGGAGUUGUGAUUUCAGAGUCUGUCAGAAGCCUGGUUAUAUUGAUUCUGUACUGGCAAUAGGAGUAGAAAAACUUGAUUGACUACCUUAACCUGCUUGGUGCCUAUGAUUCUACAAAGAUGUUCGAGUGCAUCAAAAGUUCCAAUUCCAGGUCAUUUGAUGGAGAAAAUAGAGUCUGAGAAUCUGUUGCAUAGAGCCUUUGAUGUGUUUUUGUUCAACUCAAAGUAUGAGCCACUGCUUAAGCAAGGCUCUGCCACAAAGGCAACAUUCUCUCUUGUGUGGACAAACACCUGUUGCAGCCACCCAUUGUACUGGGAGUCUGAGCUUAUUGGUGACCCUUGGGGGUGAGAGAUGCUGCACAAAGGAAGCUUCUGGAUGAAGUGGCAUUCCUGCUGAAGACGUGCCUGUUGAUGGAUUCAUUCCUCUGGAUUGAAUGCUGUAUAAGGCACCUUCUGAUGGGAAGUGAGGAGAGCACGAACAUAAUAACUUCUUACCUGUUGACUCAAGCUCUCCUUUUUCUUUGGGAAUUUUAGGACAAGGGAGUGAUGUGCUUCAAGUUUCUUACCCAUGGUCAUGGAUGGCAUGCAAGAGUCCUGAUGUUCAUGUAAUUUGGCAGUUGAUUACCCGCUGUUCAUCGUUCGAGACGUGACGGUUAAUCCAAAACCCCGAUGAGGUUGCGGGUGUCGAGUACGUGAGCCACGUGAGCCAGGGGAGCAGUCAAGGAGCUGCUGACGAGAGCUGACGCGGGUGAGGAGGGUCAUCUGAAUCUGUCUCCCUGGUUCGGAUUAGGUGGUGGACAAUUGCUUUGCUCAGGUAGUAGGGAUCAUGCUGAAGAGAGUGGACACUGAAGGAAGCCAGCUGAUAUGGAAAGCAUUCAACAAGUUAACCUGAGAUUUUGUGUUGAGCAGACUCCACUUGGAUGUUAUUAACCAGCUGCACAAUCCCAAUUCCUAAAGUCAAAAACUUGCUUUUACACAGGGUCAUUUCCACUCAUUGGGAAUAGCCAUUGCUUUGUUACUGUUGGGUUUUUUUAAAACCUUUUAUUUUAUUUUAUAGAACUUUAGUA